AUGGCAAAAGAACAAAGUCAGCAAAGACAGUCAAUGCACAAGGGGCACGUGGAAGCUGUAUUGAAGGAUGAUGUGGAUGGAACCAAUAACAAAAGGCAGACACAAUCUGGUACAAAAGAGAAGGCUGAUGAAGAGGAAAUGGCGAAAGAAAAUGAUAUAAAUAAGAAAGGAGAGUCUCAGAUACAGGAAAAUACUCAGAUGAUGGACAAUCUGGUUUUCAAUCCGGGAUUGUCAUCACCAACAGUAAAGAAACAAAAACAGUGGAAGAGGCAAGAGAAAGGGGAUUUCAAAAUCAAGAACACAACUCAAAACCCAAUGACCCCCCAAAAAAGAGCUAUUGACCAGCAGCACCAGUUAAAAGCAGAAACCCCGAAGAAGAAGUUGAGAAAUGCAUCUCCUGGAAAAAGAUUGGUUGGCGGAGUGGCGGACCUUGCUUAG